CGAGGAGGCGUCGGCUGAGGAGCCUGAGAUCCGGCCGCGCGCCUGGGACUUCCGCGCCUUUCGCACACGCAGCACCGGGCAGCUGGAGCUCGGGCGGCUGCGGCCAUGCGCACGCGGCGCAGAGCCCGCGGACCUGAUGGGCAGCCCCUCGGCUGAGCCCAGCAGUCCUGAUGGGGAGGAGGCUCGGGCCGCGCCCCUGCGGCGGAGCCUCAGCUUUAGGCACUGGAGCGAGCCCGAGGCGCCGCGGAGCCCUGCGCUGAGCAGCGGGAGGCGCCACAGCAGCUCCGGAAGCCUGGCUUGGGCGCCUGACGACGAGGUCGAGGCGGACAUCGUCCCGGAGCCGGUGGCCGGAGCGCAGCCGGCGGCGGAGAAGCGCAACACCUUGGACGUGGGCGAGGUGCUCAGCAAGAACGAUGCACUCUCAGACCUGGAGCGCUGGGAGCGCAGCAAGAGCAAGAACCGCACGCUAGACAACAGCGACCUGCAGCGGCUGGAGCGCGCGCGGGCCGCGGCUGCCGGCCCUGGGGCCGCCACUGAGCACCGGCUGCUGCGUUUCUUCAGUGGCAUCUUCGCGCGCAGGGACGGCGGGCCCUCACCCCGCAGCGGCGCCUUGCGCUCGCGCGGAUACUUCAGCCUGCGGCGGGCCCCUGCCGACACGCACUCGUCCAGCGCAGAGAGCAUCGAGGGGUCCCCGCGCAGAGAUGCUUUUGUGAACAGCCAGGAAUGGACACUCAGCCGUUCGGUACCGGAGCUCAAAGUGGGAAUUGUGGGUAACCUGGCCAGUGGCAAGUCUGCGCUGGUGCACCGGUACCUGACAGGCACAUACGUGCAGGAGGAGUCCCCAGAAGAUAUGGACGCAGGUGGCAGGUUCAAGAAGGAGAUUGUUGUCGAUGGACAGAGUUAUCUGCUGCUGAUUAGGGAUGAAGGGGGCCCCCCGGAGGCACAGUUUGCCAUGUGGGUGGACGCGGUCAUCUUUGUCUUCAGCUUGGAGGAUGAGAUCAGUUUCCAGACUGUCUACCAUUACUACAGCCGAAUGGCCAACUACAGGAACACCAGUGAGAUCCCAUUAGUGCUGGUGGGGACCCAGGAUGCCAUAAGUUCCACCAACCCAAGGGUCAUCGAUGACAUCAGGGCGCGGAAGCUCUCCAACGACCUGAAGCGGUGCACAUACUAUGAGACGUGCGCCACCUAUGGGCUCAACGUGGAGCGGGUCUUCCAGGAUGUUGCCCAGAAGAUUGUUGCCACGAGGAAGAAGCAGCAGCUGUCCAUAGGCCCCUGCAAGUCCUUACCCAACUCUCCAAGCCACUCCUCUGUGUGUUCUGCCCAAGUGUCCGCAGUACACAUCAGCCAGACAAGUAACGGAGGUGGGAGCUUAAGUGACUACUCGUCCUCUGUCCCUUCAACCCCAAGCACCAGCCAGAAGGAGCUUCGGAUUGACGUCCCUCCGACUGCCAACACUCCAACGCCUGUCCGGAAGCAGUCCAAGCGCAGGUCCAACCUGUUUACAUCUAGGAAAGGGAGCGACCCAGACAAAGAGAAGAAAGGCCUGGAGAGCCGCGCGGACAGCAUCGGGAGCGGGCGAGCCAUCCCAAUUAAACAGGGCAUGCUGCUGAAGCGAAGUGGCAAGUCACUAAACAAAGAGUGGAAAAAGAAGUACGUCACCCUGUGCGACAACGGUGUGCUGACCUACCACCCCAGUUUACAUGAUUACAUGCAGAAUGUCCACGGCAAAGAGAUAGACCUCUUGAGAACCACUGUGAAGGUGCCGGGGAAGAGGCCACCCCGAGCCACGUCAGCCUGCGCACCGAUCUCCAGUCCCAAAACCAACGGCCUGGCCAAGGACAUGAGCAGUUUACACAUCUCACCAAACUCAGGGAAUGUCACUAGUGCGUCUGGGUCUCAGAUGGCAAGCGGCAUCAGCCUGGUCUCCUUCAACAGCCGACCCGAUGGCAUGCACCAGCGCUCCUACUCAGUCUCCAGUGCCGACCAGUGGAGUGACGCUACAGUCAUUGCAAACUCAGCCAUCAGCAGUGACACGGGGCUGGGUGACUCGGUGUGUUCCAGCCCAAGUAUCUCCAGCAGCACCAGCCCCAAGCUCGACCCACCCCCCUCCCCCCACGCCAACAGAAAGAAGCACCGGAGGAAGAAAAGUACCAGCAACUUCAAGGCUGACGGGAUCUCGGGCACUGCUGAAGCCAAACGCAAAGCAUGGAAACUAAACCGUGUUGGUAGCCUGCGAAACAUAUACAGCAGCAGCAGCACCAACACCGAAGAGCAAGAAGAAAACUUGGAGUUUAUCAUUGUGUCCCUCACUGGCCAGACGUGGCACUUUGAAGCCACCACAUACGAGGAGCGAGACGCAUGGGUCCAAGCCAUCGAGAGCCAGAUCCUAGCCAGCCUACAGUCCUGUGAGAGCAGCAAGAAUAAGUCCCGACUAACCAGUCAGAGUGAAGCCAUGGCCCUGCAGUCCAUUCGUAACAUGAGAGGGAACUCGCACUGUGUGGACUGUGACACCCAAAACCCUAACUGGGCCAGUUUGAACUUGGGAGCCCUCAUGUGUAUCGAGUGCUCGGGGAUCCACCGGAAUCUCGGCACCCACCUCUCUCGGGUCAGAUCACUAGAUCUCGAUGACUGGCCCAUGGAGCUGAUCAAGGUGAUGUCCUCCAUCGGGAAUGAGCUGGCCAACAGCGUGUGGGAAGAGGGCAGCCAGGGACGGACAAAGCCCUCAUUGGACUCCACCAGGGAAGAAAAGGAACGGUGGAUCCGGGCCAAGUAUGAGCAGAAACUCUUCCUGGCCCCACUGCCAUGCACAGAGUUCUCCCUGGGCCAGCAACUGCUACGUGCCACUGCCGAGGAAGACCUGCGGACUGUCAUCCUACUUCUGGCACAUGGGUCCCGGGAUGAGGUGAACGAGACCUGUGGGGAAGGAGAUGGUCGCACGGCACUGCACCUGGCCUGCCGCAAGGGCAACGUGGUCCUGGCUCAGCUGCUGAUCUGGUACGGUGUGGACGUCAUGGCCCGAGACGCCCACGGGAACACAGCACUGGCCUAUGCCCGGCAGGCCUCCAGCCAGGAGUGUAUUGACGUGCUUCUCCAGUACGGCUGUCCCGAUGAGCGCUUUGUGCUCAUGGCUACCCCCAACCUGUCCAGGAAGAAUAACAGCAGGAAUAACAGUAGCGGGAGGGCGCCCAGUGUCAUCUGAGCUCAGCCAGCACUGCACCCGGGACCCCACUCCCGCCUGCUCCGGAAGUUGCAACACCACGUGAGUCCCUCAGUUCCCUCCCUCUUCCUGGUGGACGCCUUCCACCCACCUGCCACUCACUCACCCCACACGAAAUCUCCAAACCUGGACAUCCUCAAGGGGAGAAGAGGAGGCUGCAGGCUACAGAACAGAACUCUUUUCCAUCCUCCGGAAGCAACAUAGGAGGGACCGACCUCCUCCCAGCUUUGAGGAUAGCACACGACAACGGGGACCUCUGUUCCGGUGGCUCAGAGAUGGAGCAGGGGGAGGGGUAGCAAGGAGAAGGGCCAGCGUCCCCUAACUGGCAGUUAAGCACAUCAGUACAUUUCACCUCCACCAAAAGGAGGCUUGGCUUUCACGUCUUCUCUGCGGAGCUUGGUGGUAUAAAUCAGAAGCAAGCACAGUUUGUCAGGUCUGAAGCCCCUAUGAUGGUAGGUGUCAAAUCAGUUGGAGCUAAUCUGUCCAGGGAGAAUACUGGCUUCAUUACACUUGUAUAGUCGAGUUCCUCCGGCAUUACCGCUGUUUAAUAGAACGUGAUUAGUCAUCACCAGGAAGAAGGCAUAUUAGCCGAGGAGGUAGUUACACGGCACGCUCCGGUGAUUGCCACGAUAUGAUUGCGGUGCGUCUAGCGGCAUCAUAUUAUCCUAGACAUGUCUCUCCAGCCCUGGGAGCCCUCCUUUCUAAAUUCACUGUCAUAAUUUAGUAUCUGUUUAAUUUUUCAGUCCAAAGAGAGGAAAUCAGUUGCCGGGUAUUAUUUGACUUCAGUCCCCUAUCUUGGUGCAAAAACAAAAUGGAAUAAAUAAAUAAAUAAAUAAAUAAAUAAAUAAAUAAAUAGUAACUUGGAAAUCCUAAAAGAAAUCAUGAAUUCAGCUGAAAACAGCUUUCAAGUAUGUUCCAAAACUAAGUAAAUGCGUAAGAGGCUAUUUUUUUUUUUCUAUUUUUCUGUACUUUGGCCACAAUGGAUGUGUCAGGCCUCAGUCACUCCCGGUCCACAGAGUCUGAAUCACCCAGGUUUCUGUCGUACAUAAGAUGUGUGAAAAUCUAUUUGAAUAAAAGAAGUUCAUAAAUAUGCAUUGAUUUUUGCACAGACAAAUGGUACCCACGUUAAUUUAUAAAUUGAGCUGGAUGGGGACUAAUAACGUGCAACUGGUUGAGAUCAGAGGGUUACAGAUCAUUGUCCAUGGGACGCUCUCCCAGCAGCGAGCACUUCCAUUAAUGUGAUAAACAGCUUUUUAAAAGGUGCGUAUCAGAAUAAGACGGUGGCACGAUUUGCUUAUUAAAGUCAGGGAGGAAAAGGGAGGGAAGGAGGGUAGGAGCCCUCGUCCCAGAGGCAGGUUUUAGAGACCAACCUUCCCAACCAAACCGAGGGACUGUGGCAAACAGGGGUGAUUUCUGGAAACACCAGACCCACAAAGGCACCCUGUGAGCAGCUGCCAGCCACUCCAGCACAGCCGGCUCCUGAGAGUCUGUAGACUCCGGACGGCCCAGCUCGGCUGGCUCUGACAUCUGAUUUGCCAUCGUGGGGCACAGGGCGCAGCAGAUACCGGACACCUUCAGCACGGUGGUCUGACAGGAACACCAAACUGUGACACUAUUUAGUUUCUAAAAAUUGGGGCAUCCUUGCCAGAGAGCCCCUCGCCCUGCCCCCGUGACAGUGUGCCGGGAAGAAGGCCAUCACACUGGAAGACAGGACGCUGGGCACAGCCACCACUGCUGGCAUCCUGUGGAGAAGCUCCUUACGCUUAUAUAUUUCAACUUUAUAUUUUGUAAGAGUUUUUCCUCCUCUUUAACUUUUUAAAAAAAAAAUUUAAGCAGAUGGGAACAAAAGUGAAGCUUUACACGGCGUUUAUAUGUGGGUGAGGGUCUCGUGGAGAUCUCCAGUCAACACAGCCGGAAGUGACCAGUAUCCAGAAACGUCACAGCUGCGCCAGCCACAGGCCUGAGACGCCUGAGCUCAGUUCCAUAAGCCCCGCGUUUGGUUUUCCUUCCUGCUUUCCAUCACUGUGUCGUUACUUUAAAUGUGAAUAGAGAAAACGAGCUGUCAUUGCCUAUUUUUGAAGAAUGCAUUAGCAUCGACCCUGCGAUCCGCCUACACCUCCACGUAGCCUUUACCAUAGACUUCUAUAGAGAACACAGAUACACAGAUAGAGUAUAAAUGAGACUCUUAAAUUAUUUCAGUGUAGUUAAUUCCCACUAGGAGUGCUUCUGUCAUAGGGGAGUCUACUUCAGAAAGGAAAUGGAAUCCUUUGUGAGGCCUCUCUUCGGGGUGUAUAUGAGUGUGUACAUAUUAUUGUGUGUUUAUAAUAUGAUAUUUUCCCGAAUGACUCCUUCUUUCAUAUCAUCCUCCACUGCCUGAAUGCGCAGUUGCUCGCUCUGGUUCCCAUCCUUCUUUCCUCCCUCCCUAGGUCACUCUGACACCAUCAGUUCUUCCUCAGAACACAUGGCCCCUCCCCUGCCAAUUUUUGCCGUGCUGAACUGUCCAAGGAUAGCCCACUUUUCAUAAGCCUGGGUUUUGGCAAUAGAUGCAAAGGUGGUAGCGGACCCUCCAGGGUUUCUGUGCAGAUAAAGGAGAGAUUUGACUUAACUCGUAUUUCACACCAGGUCCUUCCCUCAACAGCAGCCUUCCUGCUCCCAUUGUCCUGCUGACACCAAGGCUGGGGGAAGCAGGGACAGGGUUAUGGAUGGCAGUCCCAGUACCAAACACUUCCCCUAAUCCAGUGAGCUUUCUAAAGAGCACAUCAGAAUAAGAUAGUUGCACGGUGGACUUACUAAAAUCAAGAAAGGAAGUGGGAAAAGUCAGAGAAGUAGGUUAAGAGGGGGAAAUGGGUGAGUUCUCAUUCCAGACACACUGUUAGAACUGAGACCAGUCUCCUGCCAGCAAACCUCCCUGUUCAGGGUGAAUUUCCUCUCUUGAAGACGUUCCCAGCUCAGGCCAGAGGCAAACGGGCCUGUGGCUUGUCUGUCACUUGUCCUGGGGAGGCAGUGAUAGAACCAGGCACAUGCCAGGCUCACCUGGGGCUACCUUGGCUGAGUUCCUCCUGCAGGCCAUGAGCAGUGUCAGGGGAGAGAGGGAAGCCUCUUUACUCUGAGGAAGCCCCUCUAAUGUUUUGUCUGGCUUUACAAAGAACUAAGCACUGUUCUCUUACCACCCCCAAGUGUCACUCAAGCCUAAGACGAACCUCCUCUUCUGCAACCUCGUCCCUCUGCUACUGACUCAUCCAGCCUCCUCCCUGCGGUUCCUACCAUGAGGCCACGGGGGUGCACGUGCGCACGCAUGCACACACACACACGCACGCACACACGCACGCAUGCACGCACGCCUUCUAGAAGCAUACAUACACUGUCAGUGCCCUGUUCCCAUUAACUUUGAGCAUCAUAGCACCUCAGGCCUUGGGUGUCACUGCCUCUGUCCUCUGAGAAGCUUAGCCAGAGGUUGAACCCCAGGCCAUUCUGUAACACCCUCCUUCUCUGUCAAGACCCACAGUGAAUUUGUGUCUAAACUUGGUGAGCCAGAGACCUGCUGGCCCUCAGCCUGAUUGGUGCUCUUGAUUGCCAAGGCUUCUGCCCUUCCUUCCUGCAUUUGAGCUCCUUCAUGCCUGAGAUGGUCAAUCUCUACCCCUCCUAGAGAUGCCCCACAACAGCACAGCUGGGAGGUGUGUCAUCAGGGCCUCCAAACUCCCGAGAGGCUGACCUCUCUGAGAAGCAAGCCCUUGCUUUUUGGUGGGCUCUCUUCAGCUCAUCUGUCUCCAUUCUUCACACCCUACAAAGUCCCCGAGGCUUUGCUGGAAAUCCCCCCCCCGCCCCCCCAGGAUCAUAUUUAUGACUUUGAAGCAAACAAAUUAAAAAGCAGGAAGGGAUUUGAAGAAAUGUGACAUAGAUGAACAUCUCUCCUUAAAAAAAUAAAUAAUUUAUCCCCUACUGCUUCUGUUGUGAAGGGCACAGCUGGAGGCGAUUCCUCCCUUGUCACUCACCAGAAAGCUGCCAGGGCCAUUGGUGCCCAGUGUGCCACCUUCUCUUCCACUGUCUCUUGGAUUCUAAAUGGCCCUACUCCUGCCAGGCCCUGGCUAGCAGCACACCAAGAUGAGUGCCUGGUACAUAACAGGAGCAAAGCAUACUGGAUCUAAGAGAACCACAUGACCCUGCUAUUUGUGUCUGGCCUGUUUUGGGGUCCUUCUCUUUAAAGCAGCUGAGGCAGGUGGGUUUUUAGCCAAAAUGUCACAUUCCUUCUUGAGAGGUGAGGAAGGGAAGUGGGGGGAGGGGGACCUAGUUACUCUGCUGGUGCCACUCAGCAAUAGACCUUAGGCCUCCAGCUUUCAGUCCCACCCCGGAAGCAAGAAGAAGGGACAGCUGAUGAGAGAUUCCAGCGCCUGGAGUUGGGGAUCAUCUCUUACUUCAUGGGGAAAGACACUAACUGGGACCUCAGUUUCAAGACACACAGUCUCCUCCCACUCAGAAGUCUUGGCCUGACAGUGCUCUUUCAGAUGCUGAGGCCCCAUUUAGUGUCUGUGCCUGCUGCUCUUUAGACCCUGGGUCAGAGUUGAAGAGAGAGAACGUUUCAUCAUAGAUAAUUCUAGACAACCAACAAGGCUUUGUGCCCUUAAGUUUUAGCACAUCCAGGUGAGGCGUGCUUAAGUGUGAUAAGCCUAGUGGCUACCUGCCUCACUAGUGCAUAGUGAGGGUCCAAGGAGAAGCUGGCCUCCUGUCCCUCAUCCCAAGAGGCCAAGUUUCCUAUACAAGAACAGUAUUUAGUUUGGGUUUGCUCCUGUCUGGUCAGAGUAUUCUUAACUGAGGCCUUCCUCUUCCAUAGUGAGCCACAGGUGGGUGUGGACACCCAGCACGGGCAGCCACUCUAGGGUCCAAGCAGAUGGCUUCAGGGAGUGAGAAAGAGGUCAGCUCAGGGCUUGUCUUUAUUUUGCUGGACAUGUGGCAUCUGCUGGGAACCCCAGGGGUCAUGAACCAAGCCAUAAGAUGGACUCUCCUGCCAAAGGCAGGACUGACCUGGAAUUCUGUGUGCAGGGAAUGACAUGGCUUUUGUCUUCUUGUGGGUGAAAUGAAGGAACCAAGAAGUGUGAGUGGGUGGGGGGAUGGGAUUAGGCCCUGAGGAGAGCCCACUUAACACACUGCUGGUGUGUGUACCCCAAUGUCUGGGUUCAGGACUGCAUCCACACUAGCUCACACAUUAAUAUUAGAGAUGGCCCUCAAGACGCUUGCAGAAAGAAAAGCUUCCUGGGUGGCUCAUGUGGACUCACCGAGGGCAUGCACCAAAACAGAAUUUUUAAACAGCCCUCUGUCCACAGCUGAUAGGCUCAGAAGAUACCCAACCCACCAGGCUUAUCGGGAUGGGCAGAGAAGGGACCAAGGAUGCUGUGUGUUGGGGCCAGCCCAAAUGUGGCUUCUAGUUUCUGCUCUUGCACGUGCAUUGCUCACCUACCAACCAAGUCCUGCAGUUUCCUUACCAGGGUUGCACUGAGGGGACCCAGAGCAGUAGAGUGGAGACCUGGCUACUGUGUGGCAGACAGGCAAAAGAUACCUUCGAAACAUCCUUGUGAUCAGAGGGGAAAGAGGCCUGCACCUUCCUGUUGAGAAUAACCCUUUCCUUGUAUGUAAAACCAUCCCUUUCUUUCUCCACAUUGUGGGGUUUGGGGAUAGGGCUAGUUUUCUUCUAAAAUGUAUCAGCUUCUAAAACGAGCCCUGAGUACUGAAAGGGUGUUGAGCCCCAGGAAGGCACAGAAGGUGUCUGGCCCUUCACAACAGCCCGAGGCUGGACCUGCAGAAGACAGGACCCAGGCAUCUUCUUUCUCCUCUUCCUUUUCUUCCCCAACUUCCACCUUGAGUCUUCUUCUUGCCACAGGAGCUUCUUUGCAAAGAGAAACCCCAGACAAGGCAGGGCACCAGUGACACAUUUCUGGGUAGUGACAAGGAAGGCCACCUCACCUGCCUGGCCACACAUAGAAGGCAGAAGCACAGUGAGGGCUUCUCCAGAGGUGGGUAGCCGGCCAAUCAGGGGCAUUUUGAUAUUACCUCAUUCCAUAACUUUACGUUUCCCAAUGACUGAUGCUUUAUUUAUGCUGUUUGUCCUGUAAUUAAACCAUUCACAGUCAUUUCGCUUUGCUUGUUCGUUCAUGCGACCUUGUUCGGGUUUAAAUAUGCUGGUUUGUAUUUUCCUGCCUUGGGAUUUUGUGUCAGCUGUACAGUAUUCUAAGGGGAAAAGAAAAGGAAAAGCGUGUAAAGUAAUGGAGAGAGGCGGCUAUAAUGUAGAGGCCUCUUUCUAAUAAAGAAAAGAAAAUAUGUA